UUCAUACAAAUGACUCUACUGUUCAUUCUAAAACUCCAGUCCAUACUCCGGUUAUGGUUCCUGCACGAAGCACCACUUCGGAAGACGGCAGCCCAACACCUUCACACGGUUACAAUGUGUUUCUGUUUUAUUCAUAGUUUUCCCUCUAUUUUAUUUCUGUCAUUUUUCAUCCCCUGUACUUUCAGUUUCUGGGUUCGAUUAUUCCCCACUUUUCCCUGCAACAAUGGACCAAUCAGUUUUUCGACAGUCAUUGUUUCCCGUGAACAGCCGUACAGAUGUCACUCUGUCUAAGACACAGGGCAUCUCUUCUGUUCUACACAACUCUCCUUCUUCUGCCUCUGACCAUUCGCCUUGUGAGCAUAACUCUCCUUAUGCUCUCAAACUAUCUGAAGGAGGCAGUAGUAGAACACCCGGAAAAGAGACCCCUUGUGCGUUACAGUGGUCGAUCCUAGAUGAUCUGCCUAUGUUCAAGCUUCCCGGAAAGAGACUAACCAAGAAGCCAUCCAAGUUUUAUUCACCCUUCAAGCCUGGCAUUCUGUCUCGUCCUCCUCCCAAUUUACAACUUUCAUUGUGUAUGCAUGCCUACCUUUGUGCAGAUGACUCUCCAUUCAAAAGGAAAACUUUGAUGCACUUUGGGUCACAGCCACUCAAUGCCCGAGAUAUUGCUUCUUCCUUUCGUGUUGGAAACUGCAUAGACAUUGAGUUCAUGUAUGCAUUCAUUAAAUGCAUAGCUGAAGAUGACUUUAAUAUUCGUCCUGAAUGCCAUGGGUAUAGAAUUUUCCUUCAUCCUGUUGUCUCGGAUAUUCUUAAGUCAGGGUCCUUCAGUUUUGACAAAACUCAUCAUCAAUGCAGUCCGGACAAUGUACUAGAUCUUAUCAAGCGAUGCCUCCCCACGACUGACUUACAAAACGCAAAGAUGAUAUUCCUUCCAGUUUUGCAUCUUCAUCAUUGGUCGGUAUACUGCAUCAACCUUGGCCAAGGCCGUAUUGAUGUCCUAGACCCAAUGGAUUAUAGUUCUACCAAUGAGGCCACGUGGGAUACACAUCAUUCAACAAUGGGCCAGAAACUCAUGGAACGCCUUAGUGUUUCACUAUCUCUGGCUGCACCCCGCAAAUUCCCCCAUUUUGCAAACUGGAGACGUGUACCAAUUCUGCUUCCAUUUCAAAAGAAUAUGUGCGACUCAGGCUUAUUCUCCAUGAAGUAUAUUGAGUUCUAUGACGGCGAGGGCCAUGGUUCUUUGCGGACUACUAUAGACCCGGAUUGUUCGAUCGAGAUGAGGGCAGAAAUGUUGCAAUAUCUGACCUUCCAUACGGCUAACAGAGUCCAUGCUCCCCCAGAACUCCUUCAGUUCCGUCUUGGAGAGUCUGAUCCUUCCUUCAACCCACUGUUUUAUUAGUGUAAGAGUCAUGUUUCCUAAAUGUGGUCGACAAUCUAUGCUCACAAGUUCUAAUUUUUUCAUGUCCGUUGC